GUGAAAUUUUUAAAGUGAAAAAAAGCUAAAAAUUAAUGAAAAUUUGUGAAUUUAACUAUUGAUCUCAAAAAUGAUUCUAUCUGGUUAUCAAUUUAUGGUUAAAUCAAUUGCAAACCAAAGACCUGCCCUAAACAAUAUAUGGAGUGAAGUUUUUCCAGCGAAUGGACCUCAAGCAAAAUCUCUUAUUGAAAUUUCGGGCGCUUCAGGAACAGGAAAAAGGAUUGUUCUAUAUGAAUUAAUGGCUCGAGCAUCACUACCAAUCUAUUACGGCGGCAAGUAUAGUCAAAUUAUUUUUGUAGAUUGUUGUCAGAAGUUUGAUUGGGAUUUCUAUAAGAAGUGCGUAGAAAACGUAAUGAAUCAAAAUGUUUUGAUAUGCUCCCAAAAAGCAGUAAGAUAUAAUUACGAAUCAAUUAUACAUUUACCCUGUUACUUAGCCGAUCAAUUUGAGUUUGCCUUUGUGGACAUUGAAGAACUGUUGUGGGAUUAUAAAAAAGUCUCAUUGCUGGCUAUUGAUGGCUUAGAUACAUUUUACUGGGAUGACUGUAAUACCCAGCUGCAACGUAUGACCACGCACUACAAGAAAUUGUUGCAGCGUUUAAAGUCUUUGUGCCAGGAGCAUAAUAUUUGUUGUGCCUAUACCGUGGAUGCCAACUAUGUUCUGCCAAAAUCAAAGAUAAACGCUUAUUUUCCACAUUCACUAAUUGACUACAAAUUGAAAUUAGUCAAGCACAGUGAUGGUCGUCGAUAUUUUAAUGAUUCGCCUAUAGAAAUUAAUAAUAAUGGUAUUGAAUUCACAAAUAAUAAAUUUUUUGAUAUAUAA